CGAACAACCUGCUAGGUUUAAGGUGUCCUGUUGAAGGGGCUUCAGGCCUGAGUGCAGAUGAGGAGUGAUGGCUUCACAGAAAGACCCAGAUCCUCCACCUGAUCAUGACCGGGGCGUCCCUUUGGAUAUUGACGAUGUCCAGAUGCUGCUUCAAGUGGAACAGGAGCAGGUUCAGAAGAGGACAUUUACUAACUGGAUCAAUGCUCAGCUUUCCAAGAGGAACUCUCCAUCGUUGGUGCAGGAUCUAUUUGCGGAUCUUCGUGAUGGAGCUCGAUUGCUGGAUCUGCUGGAGGUCAUGAGUGGCCAGUGCUUGAAACGAGAGAAGGGCCAUGGAUUGUUCCAGCAGAGAGGAAAUAUUGAAACAGCCUUGAAUUUUUUAAAGAAUAAAUCGAUCAAACUGGUGAACAUUAACAUCCCUGAUAUAAUAGAGGGGAAACCUUCCAUUAUUCUGGGCCUGAUCUGGACCAUAAUUCUACGCUGUUACAUUGAGGAGUUAGCCAGCACUCUUUCCUUUGGAUCUCGCUCCUCGUCUCUGGAUUCCCUUUCCAGCCUUGAUUCAGCGCCUGGGACCCCUGUGCGUGGCAGCCCUGUUCCGCGUGGAGCGUCACCCAUCCAUGCACGUUUUCGGCUGUCCGCCAAAAAAACCUUACUUCUGUGGGUGCAGAAGCAGUGCCAAAAUGUGGGCUGCUUGGUCAGUGUGAAAGAUUUCAAGACAAGCUGGAGAAGUGGUGUGGCAUUCAAUGCUAUUCUGUGCUCCUUGAGGCCAGACCUGGUGGACCUCUCAUUAACUGAAACAAGAAGCAACCUAGAAAAUAUGGACAUGGCCUUUCGCAUAGCCCAGGAGGAGCUGGGAAUACCCAGACUGCUCGAACCUGAGGAUAUUGAUGUUUCUGACCCAGAUGAAAAAUCUAUAAUGACCUAUGUUGCUCAGUUCCUGCAGUACUCCAACGAUCUGCCCUCGAUGGAUGAUGACCUUGAGCUGCAAUGUCUACUUUCUCCUAUGUGCUUGUCUCCUGUCAAUCUUCCCAACUACUGCACACCAGCUGUGCUGGCUUCCCCUUUGCAUCAGGCAUCACCCAGUCAAAAGGUCAGGGAGAUGACCUGCUGGCUUGAGCGAUCCUAUCAGGAACUGCUGGAUUUGUGGUCCUCCACUGAGGAUGAGGGAUACAGCAGUCGCUAUCAGGCAUUUCAGAACUUUGUGGAGUCCUUUAAUGAACAGAGGCGCCCUGUCAUGCCAAUGCUGAGUGCAAUGAAGCGUAGUACCAAACUCACAGAGGAGCAGAUCACCCUGAGAAGGGCAUGGGAGAACAUGGAGGACAGGUUACAGAAAUGCAGGACUGAACUGGAUUCUGCUCUGCCAGCUCCUCUUCACAAGAUGGCUGAGUGGCUACAGAGUAUGGAGGCAGUACUGGCUGAGGAACAAGGUGACACCGAAGACCACGCCAGGGUAGCACAAGAUGCUAGAGACAAGCAGGCAAAGCUUCAGCUUUUGCUGGAGGACAUGAGUGGUCACUUGGAUACCCUUCAUGUGUUCUGCAACACAGAGGAGGAUGGUUCCUGUAGAGUUCCCGCUGAAAAGCUGGAUGAACUUAAGAGACGUUUCACCAAUGCCAGAGUGACGGCAAAGUACCACGGCAUCAAGCUGGAGUUCCAGGAGCAUUAUCACCAUGUCUAUGAGCUCCUCGGCCAAUUCAACGGCAAGCUGAACAUUUGGAGAGGACCCUAUGGCUCUGAGGAGAACGUGCUCUCCUUGCUGCAAGACUGGACAGAUACAAUUGAGAAGCAAGACCUGGAGACGAUGUUAAAAGCAGCACUUCAUAAGCUGGAACAAACUGCCAGCACUUACACUAGCAAGGCAGCCCUGGCUGAGGAUUCUGGGAGGGUGAGCAGACUGGUGAAAGAAGCAGAAACUAAAGUGAAAGUCAGCACAGAGGAUGCAAAUUCUGUGAGGGACAUCAUGGACCGUGUGCUGACUGCAUGGAAGUCCUACAAAAAUUACUCCGCCUCACUACAGAUCUUCCUGGAACAGCAGGGACGGUCAGAGAUGGAAACAGAGGCAUCCCAUGACUUGUCGGAGUGGAGUUCUCAGCAGGCCCAGCUGAAUGAAAUAGGCUACUACCUGAUUGGGGUGACCGACAGCUCUACCAGCUCCUCCCUGGCGAAUGAGCUCAGUAAACUGAAUAGGAGGUGGGCCGACUUCAUCAAGCGGACCAAGUUUGUGGUGGGUUCUCAGCAGUCCAGCGGUGCAGCUCCAAGCGCACAGGCCGUUCAAAGGCUGAUGCAGGAAGCCGGGUGGACGCUGAGAGAGGGUGUGGAGGUGUCUUCUGGAGCUCUGCACGCAUAUAGAAAGAAACUGCAGGUUAUGACAAAGAAAAUGUCAGAGGUGGAUCUGGACGUUUUGUCUCCAUCUCCAGGACUCAGUGCGGAGGCUCUGCAGAAGCUUAAGCAGACAUUUUCAGAGAUGAAGCAGGCUCUGGGUGAGGUAGACCAGGCUUCCAAGAAGCUUCAAAAAGCGGCGUCUUUGCUGGAAGGCAGACUUGCUGAGCUUGGUCACUGGAGCACAGAAGCCAUGGAAUUCUGCAGACAGUCGAAGGAAUGGCAGCAAAAAGGGCGCCAGGGACCUCACGCUAGAGCCAAAGCAUUGAUUAGCAGAGGAUUGCAGCUGGAGGGCCAGGUGGUGACUGAGGGACAGGAUCUACAGGCUUUGCUGGAAAAACUGCAGAGCUCCGCGCCAUUUCUCAGUGUGUGUGCCCUAAAGGACAGAGUAAAGCAUGCUGUUGAUGAAGCUCAGGAGAUCAUUGAGGUGCUUAGUUCUUUGGGAGUGAAGCGUGAAGGGGAAACUGUAGUUGAUCAGCCACCUCCUAAAAUUAUUGUUUGUGCAUAUGAUGCCCCAGAGCCCCAAGUAGGAACUUUUGAAAAACCAGAGGGUUCCAAAGAGAAAAAAGUUAAAAUUGCAACCAAGUAUGCAACUACCCCACAGAACGUUUGGCCGCAGGAUCAGUCCGGUGUUCAUGUAAGAAGUGCUGAUGUACAGGUCUUCACGCCCCGUGUUCUGGUCUCAUCUUCAUCUGCGCCAGAACCACAGAUUAGUCAAACCAGGAUAUCAUCAAACAGACCUCAGCAGCUACCAAGCUUAUCCACAUCUCAAACCACCUACAGCCCUGUCAUUCAAACAGCAAACUUGCACCAACAACAUGCUGACGGUAAAGCUAAAUCCAAGAAAUCAAAACUAUCUGUUACCCCAAACCAGCCCCUGAAGACAUCAUGCACGCAUGUUAAGACACAAGCUCAGGCUGAGGUGCAGACACAGAGUAGUGUGCGCGGACACACCCAGCAAACUAUAUCACCCCAAACUCUACAACAAGCCCAGGCCUGGUCGAAAGCUCCCGGUAUAUACCAAAAACAGCAAAGCCAGGGUAAGGCGUCAGGUCCUGUCUGUGUCCCUGCACAGAGCGAGGUGUAUUCCAGAGCACAGGCCAUGGCUUGGAGCAGGAUGGACAAGGCCAAACAACGGCUGAAUCAGCACAUCGAGGAGGUCAUCACGAUUUUCAGCAGCAGUGUCAUAUCUGUCGAGCAAGCCAGGAGGAAGCAGGGGGCAUUACGAUGGCUUAAUCCAGAGGUGUUAAAUGAGUUUCUGCAAGCUGUGGAUGCAUUAAGUGCUUUUUCUUCUCCAGUCCAGCUCAUAGAACUGGAGCAUCUCUCUCUGUCUGUCAGACUGCAGUGGGAGGAUGUUCGUUCAGCAAUACGGUUCUUUGUGCCUGACUCAUGGCAAGAGGCAGAGCGAAGAGAGUCUGUUAACCCGGCUGUUUUGACACAUGAAAUAAACACUAACAAAGAAAUUUCAACAUGUGUUCCUGACCAAGUGUGCAGUGAAGAGGUGUGCCUCUCAUCAGUAGAGUCUCAGCAAACCAUGGAGGUUCUUAAUGAACUCAGUGAGAUACUUACACCCCCAGUAAAGCCCUCUUUGGCCACCCACCAGCUGAAGCAGAGGAAAGGCAAACUGGAGACUGUCCAAUACCAGUUAAGUCCAACCAGUACAACAUCUACAUACCAAUAUUGCAGGACAGAGCAACCAGAAGACGUCUCUCUGUUGGAAAAAUCUGGAAAGCCUGCUAAACAAUCACGUAGCCAGGUUCUUUCACAGAUCAUUGUACACACAGAGAGUGUAGAGACCAAACAGACAGCGGAGAGGACUGUUAUCCAGACUGAACACACACCGCAAGAGUGGACGUCCUCACAGGAUGUUCACAGCUGUUACACUGCUGCCCAAUCAGCCUUUGAACAUCAACUGCAAAAGAAUAGUGAGCAACUGAGUGCAGAUUUUCCUCAGAGUCUCUCACUGGUCAACCUGAAAACCCACCUCCAGCAGCUUAAGGCCCUGAAGCAGCAGACGGAAGCUCUGUGGUUUGAAUUCGAGCUGCAGAGCUCCUCACAUGAGGAGGAUGGUUGUGAGGUAGAAGCAAACAGAAUACGGCUCACUAAGAAGUGGAGGGGUCAGCAGAUCUGUCUUCAAGCCAGGAUGAAGGCACUUCAGAUGGCUUUGGAGCUGGUAGAGCCAAUUGAUGUUCAUAUCAAACAAAUGUCUGAUCAGCUGGACCAGAGUGCCGAAAAACCUCUGGACAUCACUGACUUUUCCCUUACUUGUCCUACAACACUGCAAAAAGAUAUCAAGUCUGUGACUGAUCAAAUCCAGACAGAUCUGAAGCUUCUUUCUGAGACGGAGAGUAAGAUGGUCCUGUCUCUCAGCCUGACUGAGACUGAGCUCCAGGCUCGGAUGCAACUGCAGCCGAUUAUCCAGAGUUAUACACACCACCUGGAGCUGCUGAAUCAUCGGCUGGGGUGUACACAGUCGACGUUGGCUAAUCUGGAGCACCUCCUGACCAGUUUACACAAGCUGAAUGAUGAGCUUACUAUAGCUGGCAGCACAUCCCCUCAAGAUCGCAGCUCCAAACUGGCAUCCAUCAGUCAGAAGCUUCAGCAGGCCAGAGACGAAGCUGCACAGCUAGACCGGAUGCUCGAAGACUUAGAGAUGAGGGUGACCAUGGACAAAAAAGCAGGAAACUGCCAGGAUUUGGUGUCUGCACUGGUCAAGCGCUUGACAGAGAUGGAGACUGUGGGCAAGGGAGGAGCAGAGAGAGGAAUGCAGAGCAGGGAGGAAGAGGAGAAGAAGGAGAGAGUGCUAAAGAAAAAGAAAAAAGGACUGCUGGUCAUGCUGAAGGAGAUUCAGGGAGCACUGGAGAGACAGGUCUUGAAGGAGGCCACUUUGCCUGCUGUACAGCACAGAUUGCGCUGUUUGACAGACAUGGAAAGUAAGCUAACUGCUGUGCACUCAGACAUUCAGAAUCUGCGGGACAAAUUUGCUCAGACGAACAUCUCAGAGGAAGUUUUCAGAGAGCUGGAGGCCCAAUGGCAAGAGAUCCACAAAGCUCUCAGUGAAAGUCGAAAUGAAUGCCAUUCACUGACAGAACUAAUAAAGAGGUUCCAGAGCUGCCGCAGCCACAUUAACAGCACCUUGCAGAGGGCUGAGCAGACUAUAAGUGAGCAGGCUUCCUACAUGGGCAAAGAAAAUCUUCAGCCCCUCAUCGCCACGGUGGGCAGCAUUAAAUUGGACCUAAGUGUACUUGGAGAUGGUGUGGAAGAAUUUAGGGCUGUAUCCAGACAGCUCCAGUCCCAGAUGAAGAGAAUCUCAGAGUGUACAGAUGCUCCAUUUGAGAGUGAGGCUGAUGCCCUCAUGGAUUGCUGGCUAGAUGUGAGUGAGAGGACAGACUGUUAUUUUGAAAAUCUUCAGAGAGGAUUGGCACUGUGGGACAAGCUUUUCUUCUUGGCUCAGGAGGUGGAUGGCUGGAAUACCCACAAGCUAAAGGCUUUUGAUCAGGCAUCCCCGCUUCAAACAGAGCAAGAUGUUGUAGCUAUGGAGGAGGAACUGAGGACCCAGGAAGAAAACGUGGAACAAUUCCAUUGCAGGUCUGCUGAGAUUCAGAAGCUGCUGAAGACCAGAGAUCCGCCACUGGAGCUGCAGGUGAUUGAGACUCAGCUAAGGAAGAAAAUGGGAGAAGUGAAGGAGCUCUUUGACGGAACAAGGGAAGUCUUCUGGGAGCUGGUGGCUGCCAAGACUCAGGUUGCAGAUAGGAUAUCAAAGUGCAUGUGCUCUGUACAGACAAUAAAAGACGCUCUUGCUUCAUCCGAAGGUUCAGAGUUUACACAGAAUAUUCAGAACCUACUUGAGCAGCUACAAGAAGAAAGGGAGCAGGCAGACACAGUACAGCAACAGUUAACCAUAUUGGCCAACUUGGCCAGCCCAGAGAACCUCCAGUCUCUGACUGAGGAUGCAGCCCUUCUACAAGAAAACAUCUAUGCAGCUGGAGACAUGAUUAUUUUGAUGAGGGAACGAACAGAGAGCCACUGUCAACCACAAGAACCCCAAAUUAUAAAUACAGAUGAUCUUAGUAACUCGCAGGGAGUGCAUGACCAACUUUCAGCUCAAUGUAAAACAGACGAGAUGCAAAAGGAUGCAUUAAAUGAUUACACUGUAGAGUUGCAAGAAUUCAAAUGCCUGGCAGAAAGCACUGGAGCCUGGCUGAACACACUACAGCAUCGGGUUGAUACUUUGGUAAACAUGGAUACUGACCCAGAGGAAAGACUAAAAGAAAUACAGGUGGUGCUGAACCUCAAGGCUGAAGGAGACAGCAGGGUGAAGGAGCUACAGGACAGAUGUCAGAUUCUGCUCCAGAGGCACGGUGAGAGAGUAGAGACAGACAGACUGGAUGUUCUGCACAUACUCCAGGAUGCAGAGAGACGGUGGGAUUCUGUGAUGGAGUCUGCAGAUAAGCAGCACAGACUCCUUCAAGACAUCACAGAGCACUCCUUGAAUUAUCAGCACCAAAAGCAGCAGGUUGAGACCAGGCUGCAGCAGUUGCAUGAGCAGAUAGUGACACUACCUGCACUUUUCCCCUGGCCUGGUUUAACUGAGAGAAAAGAUGUUUUAAAGCAGGCUUGUGGAUUUCUAGAGACAGCCAGAGCCUUGGACACUGAAGUCACGUCACUGGGAGUCCAACAGGCUCAGCUCACACAGGUUCACACCUGGCCUGAGCAGACCUUGGACACCCUGGGAAACAGUGCAUCAAGCCUGGUUAAACACAUUAGUGAUGUAUGCAGAAAUCUGGAGGAAGGUAUUCACACAGAAGAGCAGUGCAGUCUCAUAUUAAAGCAGUGCAAUGAAAACCAGGACUGCCUGCAAAAAAGAAUGGAGGAGAAAGUCCUUAUGCCUUUACAUGCAAAAGACCAGGCCUUGCUUAAAACUUUAGAACAGCAGAAGAAGGAUCUACUUGAUACUGAAACACUGGCUGCAUCCCUGUUGAAGAGCUGCACUCCAGCUGGUCAGACAACUCUAUCUCAGGAUGUCCAGACUCUGCAAAAUAAGAGGACACAGCUGAAAACAUCCAUUACCAAACAUUCUAAAAAACAGCAGCCUGGAGAUUUUAUGAUGCCUCUUGACAAUGAAGAAAAUGUUGUGGACAGAAGAGAUCCCCAAAUCACAUCUAAUCGAGUCAGCAAAGAGACACUCAGAGUCACUCAGACACCUGAUCUGAGCAGAUUGGACAUGGACAUGGAAAGUGUUGACCAAGGUUCCUCUAAAACUGAGAAAAUCUAUACCAUUGUCCUGGAUGUUGAGACACCCACAGUGAAACCUGGCAAAGAUCAGCCAUUGGAGUCCAAAGUCCAAACUCCUGGCAAGGCGUGUACCACUGAAGAUGUGGAUAUGUCAAGUCUGUUAACCACAGAACCUCAGGCUUCUUCAGUAUCAGAAGUGGAUGUGUUGCAAAAGCAAGAAGUUAACAUAACAAAAGAGUCUGAGGUGACAUCUGUUUCCCAACACACUACUGAAUCUGUAGAUCAAGAUAACCAAGAAAGAAAAGAGACAGCAAUGACUGCAAAGGUAGAAGAUAGCAGGUCCCCAAAGAAGUCCAAAACUCCAAAGACGAGCAAAAGGAAGAAGAAGGAGCCUUUGAACUCAGAUCAGAACAUUAAAGAGGCCAUGACAAGGCAUCCAGACGCUUUAUCAAAGAGCACCAAAGAUACUGCAGACACCAAGGAUGUCUUGGUCCCAGCCAUGAAACAGGACACUUUGGGCAGUAAUAUAGCAUCCCCAGAGAUUGCAGAGACACAACUCACAGUUGUGAGCCCAGAUAGUGCCACAGACGAGAGUCCUUCAGUUAUAAAUCCAUCAGAGUUUGAGAACAUGAUUGAGAAGGAAGUUCCUCAUUCAGCAGCAGAAGAUAUUUCAGACAGAAUAGUGUUUGAGUCUGUUUCAUCAACCAAGCAGCAUGCAGAGCCAGACUCAAAGGAGACAGAGGAUUCAGACAGAACUGCCGACUCACAGGGUGCUGUACCAGAAGCUAUGGACACCAGCGAUAUGCAGAAUUCCUUAGAGAAUACAGAUUCACAGACAAAAGUUUUAAACACCACCAUUCUGGAUGUGAGUCAAACUCGUGCCACAGAUAGCCACCCUCCUGAUAUAAAUUCAACAGAGUUUAAGCACAUUACUUUAAGGGAAGUUCCUACAGUAGCAGAAGCCACUUCAGAGACACUCAGAGUCACUCAGACACCUGAUCUGAGCAGAUUGGACAUGGACAUGGAAAGUGUUGACCAAGGUACCUCUAAAACUGAGAAAAUCUAUACCAUUGUCCUGGAUGUUGAGACACCCACAGUGAAACCUGGCAAAGAUCAGCCAUUGGAGUCCAAAGUCCAAACUCCUGGCGAGGCGUGUACCACUGAAGAUGUGGAUAUGUCAAGUCUGUUAACCACAGAACCUCAGGCUUUUUCAGUAUCAGAAGUGAAUGAGUUGCAAAAGCAGGAAGUUCAUGUAACAAAAGAGUCUGAGGUUACAUCUGUUUCCCAACACACUACUGAAUCUGUAGAUCAAGAUAACCAAGAAAGAAAAGAGACAGCAAUGACUGCAAAGGUAGAAGAUAGCAGGUCCCCAAAGAAGUCCAAAACUCCAAAGACAAGCAAAAAGAAGAAGGAGCCUUUGAACUCAGAUCAGAACAUUAAAGAGGCCAUGACAAGGCAUCCAGACGCUUUAUCAAAAAGCACCAAAGAUACUGCAGACACCAAGGAUGUCUUGGUCCCAGCCAUGAAACAGGACACUUUGGACAGUAAUAUAGCAUCCCCAGAGAUUGCAGAGACACAACUCACAGUUGUGAGCCCAGAUAGUGCCACAGACGAGAGUCCUUCAGUUAUAAAUCCAUCAGAGUUUGAGAACAUGAUUGAGAAGGAAGUUUCUCAUUCAGCAGCAGAAGAUAUUUCAGACAGAAUAGUGUUUGAGUCUGUUUCAUCAACCAAGCAGCAUGCAAAGCCAGACUCAAAGGAGACAGAGGAUUCAGACAGAACUGCCGACUCACAGGGUGCUGUACUAGAAACUCGUGCCACAGAUAGCCACCCUCCUGAUAUAAAUUCAACAGAGUUUAAGGACAUUACUUUAAGGGACGUCCCUGCAGUACCAGAAGACACUUCAGAGCAGAUAGAAUCUGCGCUGGAUACAGCCUUGAAGAAAGCAGCUGACACAGACAGCAACAUCAACUUACAGAUACCUGCUAAUAGCAUGGAGGAUGGUUUUUGCAGUGGAAAAGCUAGCAAAGAGGAACAGACUAUUACGCCGUCAUCAAGCCAAGCUCAGCAGAGCAAAUCCGGAAUGAGAGACAUAGACUUGAGUCAGAAACCUGAUGCAACCAAGUCUGGAUCUAGUAUGCCAUACAUGGAGAGUGACAUCCAGAUUAGCCCUGGAACUGACAAAGUUGACACCAUAGAUUUGGAUGUUGAUUCAACCUCAGAGAAACCUGAAAGAGGUCAGAGGGUGGAGACCCCUGCAGCUCCUGAUACAAUUGAAUUUAGUCCUGAAAAUGUCUUAAGGAAUGAGGAGACUCAUGAACUGCCAUUUAAGAAUCCAGAUGAAAUGCGGUUGAUCUCACCUACUGAACCGGAGCAAGUAGGUCAAACUGAAAAUAUCCAAAUCCCUGUUGGUGCAGAGAGUUUUGCUGAAGGAAUGGAUGUGUCAAGUAUAUCGAUCACAGAUGAUGUGCGAGAAGAAACAAAAACAAAUCUAUCUUUAGAUCAAGACAGCAUGGACAUACAGGCAAAAACAAUCCUAAGUGACUAUAAUACAAAUGUGAAAAUGGAGCCAGCAAAAGCAGAACAUAGCAGGUCCUCAAAAUCUUUUAGUACUGCACAAAGAAGCAAAAGAAAGAAAAGGGGUGUGAACAGAAGUCAAAUGAAUUAUAAGGCAGACCAAAAGAUGACCAGCACUUUGCAUCACCAUACAACUACCACAGGGCACCCAGGUGCCGUCGAUAGAGCAAGUUUGUCUUUUGAUUCAACUUUUGAAAGGAAAUCAACAGAUUCUAAAGACAUUGUUUCAAGACAUACAAAUAAAUUGGAUACUGAAUCUGCAAAAGCAGAGAUUAAUAAAUCUUUAAAGAAGAGAAAAAGAGGAAGAAGAGGAGGAAAAGGAAGAAGAUGGCGAAGAAGUACCUCAGAAUUUACCAGACAAGAUACUGCAGAAAUUGGUACAAAUUUGCACACUUCAUGUCUUUCCACUGAGAAAAUAACUGUAUCUAUCGAUCCAGACUUACAUGAACCACAACAAAAAGCAUCAACAGCAUACACAAAUGUGAAAACUAAAUCUGCAAAAACUGAAGAUUGCACAUCAAAGAUUCACAGCAAAGCAAAAGGGAAUAAAAAGAAGAAGCCUUUAAUCUUAAUUCAAGCAAACAAUGAAAGCGACAAGAACAUAGAGACAUCCAAACAAGAUACAAAUGAACUAGAUAUUGCACCUGCAAAAGCAGAUGAUAGUAGGUAUUCAAACCCUUGUAGCAGUGCUUCAAGAAUCAAGAAGAAAAAAAUGUCUGUAAAAUCUGACCAGACAGAUGAGAAAUAUACAAAUAUAGAUACUGAACCUGCAAAAGCAGAAGAUGGCACAUCUUUAAAGCCUUCCACUGUAACAAAGAGAGGCAAAAAGAAGACAAGCAGUGAAAAAGAAAAGAAGAUAAAGUCAUCUGAACAAGUGAUUCCAGUCAGCUCACUUCAUCAUCACACAACUUGCCUAGGAGUUUCAGAUGCCAUAGAAACAGCAAGAAGUGCAUCCUCAGAAUCCAGUGACUUCUCAGUUUCAACCAUGUACACCAGCAAUACCAUGGAUUCUGUCGAGAAUACAAGUUCUGUCCAAAUCAUUGAGAGAGAACGUGAUACUUCUCACAGUUCAGUGCCUGAGGUUCUUGACAGUCAUAACACAGUUGAUCUGUUGACUCAGAUACCUGAAGUAAGCACAAGUGAUGCUAGUGUGUUGCUGGAGCAGAGUGGCGACCAACUCACUCUGGAUAAUGAUUUAACCACAACAAAACCUGAGUCUUCUACAGAUGUUAAUGCUGAAGACUUCACUUCUAAAGAAUUUGAUAUUUACCCUGACCAUGUUAAUUUGAAUGUGUCAGAAAUAACAAAAAGUGAGGGCCUAAAGGGGCUUCAGUCAACCUCACAUGCAGAAUCAAUGCAAGAAAGCAAGCCCGAAAUUGCUCAUUCUGAAGUGCAAAUCCUUGUUACUACUGAAAGUCCCAGUGAAGAGAUUGAUGGGUCAAAGCAGUCCACAGACAUCCACCAGACUUCUACGGUGAUAGAAAUGGAUGUGUUACAAAAGCAGAAAGAUGUGGCACCAAAAGACAUUGAUGAAAAAUUAUUUCUUCAACAAACUGUUGUAUCUCUAGAUUUAGACACCCAAAAGACAGCAACUACCAAAACUGCAGAAGAUAGCACUAAGCCUUGCAGAAGUAUAAAGAAAAGCCAAAAGGACAAGGCUGCUUUAAAAUCAAAUCAGUCUAACACUGAAGAUGACAAAAACAUAAAGACAUCUAUGUCCGAACAAAUGAGUUCGACCAGCCAUCUUCAUCAUCAAACAUUUACCACAGAGCACCCAAACACCACAGAUAAAGCUAUGAGUUCAACUUCAGAAUCCAUCACACAAGAUACUACAGAACUCUCAACUUCAUCUAUGAAUCAAAAACAAGAUACAGACACUGAAGAUGUCUUAGACUUUUUUGAGCUUAAGGACAUUUAUUCUAAAUCACUAGUAGAGGAACUUUCAGAAACAUUUAAAGAUAUGUUUGAAUCUACUGUAACUACUACACUGCCACCACAGCUGGAGCCUGUAAUCCCACAUGACGGAAACACAAAUGUGGAGACUGAACCUGUUGGUCCAGAAUGUUCCAAGGAUGAGAAAGAUGUGUCAAGUUCUCCGGUGAUGCAGAGUUAUCAGAAUUCUACAUUAUCAGAACAAGAUGUUGCAGAAGUGCAACUUUUGCAAACACAUGGAGUUGAUGCAACAAAAAAACUUGAUGCUAAAAUUCAUUGCUUUCAACAAAUAGCUGUGUCUAUAGAUCAAGAUAACCAAGAAGUAGCAAAUGCAGCAAUUGCAUCUUCAGAUACUUCCAAAACUGCAAAAGAAACCACAAAGAUUAAGGUGGCUGUUCAUUCAGAUCAGUCAGACAGCAAAGAAGGCAGUAAGAUAGAAAUGUCUGACUCCAAACAAACCCAAAGUUCCCCCGGCUCUUUGCUUCAAACAACUAGCACAACACAUCAGCAUGCCAUUAAACAAAUGGAACCUAUGGACACCAAAGAUGUCAUGACCUCCCAAGUAAACACUGACACUCAGGCAAAAUCUGCAGACGCUUCAAUCGUGGGUGCUUUUCAAGCCAGUCACACAGACAGUCAAACUUCUGAUAUAAAAUCAGUACAGUCUUGUGAUAUUAUUCAGAAGGAAGUUUCUGAUUUUGUAACAGAGGACCUUUCAGCGACACUAAGAGAAGAAUCACAGUCUAUGAAAACCACACAACCAUCACAACUGGAGUUCAGCGUCAAUACAGAAGCAGCUUCAGAGGAACAGACAGAAAAUCAAGACAUUAGCUGUCAAACUAGCCACAAAAAAGUUGACUCGAUCAUUCUGGAUGUUGAUCCACAUAUAGUAAAGCCUGAAUGUAGUGGUGCCUUUGAUACUAGUUCUUCAGAAAGCUCAGAUGGACUGCAGUCAACCUCAGCUACACAAUCAGUACAAGUGGCCCAAACUGCAAAUGUUGAAACUCCUGUUAGUGUAGAGAAUUCCACAAAAAAUAUGGAUGUGUCGAGUUUGGUGGUCACAGAUAGUCAACCCGUUACACUAUUAGAAGUGGAUGUGAUGCAGAAUCAACCAGUCGAUACAACAGAAGACCUAAAUAUUUCUUCCCAUUCCUGCCAGCAAACUGUUGUAUUUAUAGAUCAAGGCAGUUCUGAGAGACAAAAACUCACAAUUCCAAGUGAUACAAGCUCAAAGAUAGACACUUCAUCUAAGGAAAGCAGUUCAUUUGAGUCUCCCAGUCUUGCAAAGAAGAGCAAAAAGAAGAAGGGGGCUGUGAAAUCUGACCAGAAAAACAAUGAAGAGAUCAGGGACUUGACAUUUACUGGCACUGGGCUUUCAGACACUACAGAUACAAAAUGGAGUGAAUCCUCAGAAACCAACAUGCAAGACAAAGACAUUUUCAAUAUAUCAGUACAACAAAUGGAAACAAUGAGCACAGAACAUCUAAUGCAGUCGGUAGAGAAUAUAAGCCCUGCUCUAACAGGACCUCAACAUGCACAGAAAGAGGGGGAUAUUUCAGAUAGCUCUGUGCUAAUAGUACAUGAAAUCUGUGAGACAGAAGUGAACUUGUUGGCUCAGACAAAUAAUGCAACCAGGUCUGACUGGUUGGAAAGUGGUGAUCAAAGCAGCUCUGGAACUACUAAAGUUUAUAACAUCACCCUGGACAUUGAUUCAUCCAUAGUGAAACCGGUUGAGUCUUUUGAAGCUGGUAGUGCUAAUGAAAUCGGUUUUGAAAACCUAACUUCAUUCACUGAUUAUGCUGUUUUGAAAGAUGAAGAGGAUCUUAUGCCAUUGUUAGAAAGCCCAAGAGGAAUGCAGUCAACCUUACCUGCAGUUCUGGAUCAAGAAGGUCAGAAUGAAAAUGGUCAGGCUCUACCAGUAGCUGAUGGUGCCACUCAAGAUAUGGAAGUUUUAAAUCUGUUGGUCACAGACAGUCAUGAGGUUUCUACAUCAUUAUCAGUAGAUGUGUUGCAAGAUCUGAUAAUUGAUUCAAUAAAAUAUCUUGAUGCUACAACUACUUCAUCUGAAAGUUGA